GGGCAGCUAUUAGGUCAUCAUGUUUGCCUGCUUUAGACUUUGAAACCUACCACAUAUCCCUGCUCAGAAAUCGUGACAAAUGUUUCACAUUUGAAAUAUUAUUUUCCCCCUAAUCGUGCAUAAAUAUACUGACAUGCGAAUCUUACAGUGACUGUUGCUGUCUUCUUGCUCUGAUUCAUUAAAUGUGUAAUGUGUCUCUCCAUAAAGAUGAUGUAGAUUUUUUAAAAAAUUGGAAACCCAUCUUUUCUCUUCCCCUAUCGAAAGAAACAUGCUUUCCUUGUCUCCACCCAUCACAGAAAUGUUAUUUGACAACACUAGUGCUAUUGGCAUCCUGGUCAGCCCUGCUGCUGUGGUACUUAGGAAAGUCCUGUGGGGGCUGAUGCUGAUCCUGUCUGUUGUUAUCUAUGGCUCCCAUGCUCCACUCUUGACUCUUAGUAAAGAAAAUGGCCAGAUCCCAUUCAGUGCCUCAUCUGUGGUUGUUUUGAUUGAGUUAACAAAGUUAGUGUCCUCCUUAGUCUGCUUGCUAAUCUGGGACUGGAAACAACUAAGUAUCUCUGUGUCCUGGUAUCAUGCUGCUCCCUUUGCACUCUCAGCAUUGCUCUAUGCAGCUAACAACAACUUGGUGGUUCAUUUGCAGCUGUUCAUGGAUCCUAGUACCUACCAGGUACUUAGUAACUUAAAAAUUGGCAGCACCGCUCUCCUUUUCAGCAUCUUCUUGCACCAAAGACUGACUCUUCGCAAGUGGCUAGCCCUUUUCCUGCUGACAGCUGCUGGAGCAUUCUAUACAUAUGGAGGCCUACAGGACCCACAGCAUGUGCCUGCCUCUGACAUGCAGCUGUACAUCACUCCUAUUGGCCUAUUGCUGAUCCUUCUGUAUUGUCUGAUCUCAGGACUUUCAGCUGUCUAUACUGAAGUUGUUUUGAAAACCCAGGAUCUGCCUCUUAACCUCCAAAAUUUGUUUCUUUACUUUUUUGGUGUUCUGCUAAAUGGGAUCAUCCAUCUGUCAACCAGCUCAACAGCUGUGUUCCUGGAGGGUUUCUCAUUUUGGGUGCUGUUAGUUAUUGUAAGCCAAGCCCUGAAUGGCCUCAUAAUGUCUGUAGUCAUGAAACACAGUACUAAUAUCACUAGGCUUUUUGUGAUCUCCUGUUCCAUAAUGGUUAAUGCUCUUCUCUCUGUCCAUUUAUUUAGUGUGCAACUCACCCCUUUUUUUUCCCUUUCUGUACUGCUGAUUGGCUUGGCUGUUUACUUGUAUUAUGGAGUCAAAUAG